CCUCAGCCAGGCCUGCCUCCCCUCCCUCCUCGUGCAGCACGCCAGUCACCAGUGACAGCUGCGGGCCGCGGCGCCUCCUUACACAGCUGAAAACAAGGGAGGAUGAACAGCUGAGUGAGCUUCACGCCGACUGCCCAGGCCAGGAUUCGAACUUGGGCCCGCAGAGUGGUAGCCAGGCACGCUGACCACUAGACCACAGAAAAGUAGACUCAAGAAAAGAAAAAAAAAAAAAUGAAGGGGGUCAAGUGGAGCCCUGAGAAUCUAAAGGCUCUUGAUGAUCACCUCCGUGACUACAGUUAUGUGGAGGGAUGGCGGGCAACGCAUAGCGAUGGGCUCUUGGUUCGCGCUGUGGAACCUGUUAUCAAGAACCUGGUGGACUAUGUGCAUAUAACAAGAUGGUGGAAACAUAUGAAAACCUUUGAAGUUGCUGAAUUCCAAGGAAUGGCCAGGACUACGGAAGAAGUUGUGGCUAUGUUUGGAACAACCUCCAAAACACCUGAGGUGUGUGCAAAGGAACGACUCAAACUGAUUUGUCGUCGACUGGAUGAAGUUACUGGUGAGGACCGCAUUAUGGCCACCCUGAAGGAGCGCCCUCUCAAGGUCUAUUGGGGCACUGCCACCACCGGCAAGCCUCAUGUGGCCUACUUUGUGGCAAUGACUAAGAUUGCUGAUUUCCUGAAGGCUGGUUGUGAAGUAACUGUGUUGCUAGCUGAUCUCCAUGCCUACCUGGACAACAUGAAAGCCCCAUGGUCCCUCAUUGAGCACCGUACCCAGUACUAUCAGGCUAUUAUCAAGGCAAUGCUGAAAGCCAUCGGGGUUUCUAUAGAAAAGCUGCACUUCAUUCAAGGGCGGAGCUACCAACUGGGACAGCGCUACACCCAAGACAUGUACCGCCUUGCUGCCAUGGUCACUGAACAUGAUGCCAAAAAGGCUGGUGCUGAGGUGGUCAAGCAGGUGGAGGCUCCAUUCCAAUCUGGUUUAUUGUACCCUGGACUGCAGGCACUAGAUGAAGAGUACCUAGGAGUGGAUGUUCAGUUUGGAGGAGUGGAUCAGAGGAAGAUCUUUAUGUAUGCUGAAAAGUACUUGCCCAAGCUGGGGUACCAGAAACGGUCACACCUAAUGAACCCCAUGGUGCCAGGUCUGACUGGAGGAAAGAUGUCUUCAUCUGAAAUUGAUUCAAAAAUUGAUCUUCUGGACUCUGCAGAGGCUGUGGAACGGAAACUGAGUGGGGCAGCUUGUGACCCAGCCUCCCCAGACAAUGGUGUGAUGGCAUUUGUAAACUAUGUAGCAUUCCCUGUGCUGGAGGGGCAGGGAAGGGUUUUUGAGUUUGAUGAUGGUCGGGUAUUCUUGAGCUUUGAAGAGCUGAAGGAAGACUUCGUUAAUCAUAAGGUAGAUGGGGAGGAUAUAAAGAAAGCUGUUAUCAGCUUCUUGAAUUCCUUAUUAGAGCCUGUGAGGUGUGAAUUUAUGAAACCUGAGCUCAAAGAAUUAGCUAAAGUAGCCUAUCCUAAGACCAUUGAAAACCCUCCAGUUGCAGGGGCUGUCUGUGAAGAAACAGGUGAAAAGUCAUCCGCACACGGACUGAGUCUUGAUGAGCGAUUGGAUUUAAUGGGCAGGAAUUUAGCGUCUCCUCCCCCUCUCUCCCUCAACACUAUCCUUGACCAGUCUCCCCAUGUUUUGUGGUCUGUGGCUGUCACCAAGCGUCCUGAUUGUUGGAUACUUGGUCACAUUGCUAAGUUACGUGACUUCCUUGCUGCUGGAUGUCGUGUCACUGUAUUGGCCUCUGACAUUCUAUCCCACUUAGAUGCUUGCCAAGUGCCAUGGGAACUGACCACACAUGUUGCCAACUAUUACUUGGAAGUGAUCAAGGCUGCUAUGACUGCAAAUAAUAUUCCACUGCAGAAUGUCAACUUUGUUAAAGGCAGUAGUUUUCAAGAGGGUGAAAAAUAUGUUCUUGAUUUGUACAAGAUGAGUGCCCUGGUUACCUGCAAAGACUCUGGCGAGGCAGUUUCAAAUGUAGUGAAGGAUCCAAACCUCCUUUCAGCUCUCCUGUAUCCUGACAUGAUGUCCUUGGAUGAAAAGCACUUGCAAGCUAAUAUUCAUUACUGCAGUGUCAAAUAUGUUCCAAUAUUUAAAUUUGCUCAAAAAAGCCUCCCUUUGGUGGAAGGAAAACCAUGUGUCCCCCUGAUGGGUGCUGAAAUUCCAUCAUUGUUGAAUCGAGCUGCCCUUACAUCUGAGGAGGAGUAUAUUGAACUGACAGAACAAGAAUCACAGAUAAAGAAGAAAAUUAAGUCUGCAUUUUGUGAGGAGGGAAACACCACUUUCAAUCCUGUGUUAGAUUUGGUGAAAAAUAUCAUCUUCCCAUGGCUAGGGAAAGAUAAAUUUGUAGUUUCAAGGACAGAAGAAAAUGGAGGUAAUUUAGAAUUUGAUUCCUUUAGUCAUCUAGAGGAAGUAUUCAGCCAAAAGAAAUUACAUCCAGGAGACCUAAAGGCCAGUGUUCUAGAAUAUGUCAAGAAAAGUAUUCAACCUAUUCGUAAAGCAGCGGAGUCCCCAGCUAUGAAGAAACUUCAGAAUCUGGCUUACCCACCACCAGCUAAAAAGGCAAAGGGUGGCCAAAAGACAGCAGGACCUGGUGGAGAAGAAUUUGUUCCUUCUAAGUUUGAUAUGAGAGUUGGAAAAAUAAUUGAAGUAAAUAAACACCCAGAUGCAGAGUCCCUUUAUGUUGAAAAAAUUGACAUUGGGGAGCCUGAGCCACGAACCAUUGUGAGUGGAUUAGUCAAAUAUGUUCCAAUUGAGGAAAUGCAAAAUAGAAUGGUAGUGGUAUUGGCCAACCUCAAGCCAGCCAACAUGAGGGGUGUUAAGUCAGCUGGGAUGGUUUUGUGUGCCUCUGUAAGUGAACCAGCUGUGAUAGAACCUCUGCAGCCUCCACCUGGAAGCCAACCAGGUGAUCGUAUAAUGGCAGAGGGGUACGAGGGUGAGCCAGACCCUGUCCUCAACACAAAGAAGAGUGAUGCCCUAACCAAGAUGCUGGAGGGCUUCAUGACUGACAGCUCCUUGAGGGCAACAUGGAAGAAGGCUGUCUUGGGCACCAGCAAUGGACCAGUGACUACAGCAACACUUAAAGAUGCUCCCAUUAAAUAAUGCUUGGAACAUUUAGUGUUUUGUCUGAUUUGGGGAAAUGACUCAUAUUACUAUGAUGAAAUAUGAGCAUUAGUAAUGACAGAAAUAUGCUCCUUAAAUGGAUUGAUUUGUCAUUUGUCUAAGUGCCUUCUGAGUGAAAGAGUGGGACACCUUAAUUUGCUGGUAGAUACCUAAGACUGUCUAUAAAGCUGGACUUCCUAGAUUUGCAUAAUAGAGAUGUAAGGUGUAGUGUGGGACUUGUUUGCAUGAAGGUAUGAAAUGAUGAUCUUCCCUGUUCAUAAAACCAAAAAGUAACCGUACAAAUUACCUUCAUUCUGUAGUAUGAUCUCAGAGUUAUAUUGUAUAUCUGUUUUUAUCUUUACUUUGUUGUCACAAUGAAUACAUGAUUAAAGUUUCUUGAUA